GUUGGCGACAAAACCCUAGAUGUUAAACCCCCCAAAAUCCCCAAUUACCCUCCUUCGUAGCACUAGAAGAGUCCCGAGUCCUUUUUCCCCUUCCUCUGGAACAAAAUUUCCUCAUUUCCGGAGUUAUCUUCUGCAGAACAGAGAAAAUGGUUUGGUUUCAAUGCGAGGAUUGCGGAGACAAUCUGAAGAAACCAAAAUUGCCCAAUCACUUCAAUAUUUGCUCCGCUUCCAAGUUGUCGUGUAUUGAUUGCGGAGAGAUAUUCAGGCAGGAAAGUGUUCAGGGUCACACGCAAUGUAUGACCGAGAUGGAAAAAUAUGGUCCCAAGGGCCAAGGAAAAGCUUUGAAUGGUGCAAGUGCCAAGCAGCAUCCGGAUUUUGAUAUAACCGUUGGUUUGUCUGAACGCCCUCCGUGGUUCUGUAGUCUUUGUAAUACCAAGGCUACCAGUAGGCAGACUCUGCUUCUCCAUGCAGAAGGAAAGAAGCACAAAGCCAAAGCCAGAGCUAUCCAUAACGCAAAGCAACAACCAAAGCAGAUGGAAGAAUUUACUUCAGAUACAAAGCUUCCAUCUGAAAACCCUCCAAAAGGGGGGUCGCUUGAAAAGAAAGAUGGGGCCGAACCUAAAGCGCAGGAUGUUUCUAAAGUUGAGUAUGAGAAUAACGAUUUUGGAGAAAGUAAUGGAAAUUUAUCAUCAAAGAAAAAGAGGAAACUCGAGAAAUCAGAUAAUGGUUUGAAGAAAAAGACGAAGGAAAGUACAUUGGGUGCGCUUGACAAUGGUGAGGUUAUUCAGGGUGGAAAGACAGAAGUGGGAGAUAAAGAUAGUCAGGCGAAGCAAGAUAAGGUGUUGAAUUCUGGCAUUGCUGAUGAAGAAACCAAGAAGAUAAAUUGGAAGAAGUUGAUCACAUCAGCGUUGAAAUCUAGUCCUGAGGGCGUUUUGAAGAUGAAGAAACUCCGAAAACUUGUUCUCAAGGCUCUUCAUGAAUCUGGCAUAACGGGUGAAGAAGAUCAAUUCAGAAAUACUCUUGAGCACAAGAUCAAUUCAAGCUCCAGAUUUGCUGUUGAGAACAAGUAUGUUCGUCUGGUGGGCAAAGAUUAAACGUACACUAUCAUUCUUUGGAGACAAAAUUUUCCUCUGCUUCUUUCAGGCCUUCUUUGAUAGCUUGGUUUGUAGGAGUUAGGUUGAGCUGGACACUUGUGUCUCCUAUUAUCCUAUAACUUGUACUCUACCAGAGAAAUUUUGACGGUAUCUUCUCUCUUUCUUUUUUUUUUUUUUUUUUUUUUUUUUUUUUCUUUCAAGAAAUAAACUAUUUGAACGUAUUCUUCUAGUGGACAAGCCAUUGUUAUUACCUCUGAGAGAUGAAAGGAACUCUUGUAUUUGUUGUGAUUCUAUACAAGCUCAAAUUAAAAUUUGGGAUUUUGCAUGCUAGUGGCCCCUUUCACCGUAAUCUCUCUUUGUUCCCAAACUAAUUGAAAAAAUAGAAAUGAACGCCAGCCUCGUGAGUCAUGACAGAGCAUAGAAAGCAGGUAAAUAUAUUGCAUAAUUUUGCUGAAGAAGCAGGACUUUAAGUCUUGAAUAGACUAAUAAAAUUAAUAUGAACUUCCUUUCGUAAUUUUGUGUUUACUGCAAAAGUGCUGUUUAACUUGGCUUUUAUAAUGUAAAGGAAAAAAAAAAAAAAAAAAAACCUGCUAUCGACAAGC